AUGGCUCGUUAUGAACGAUUUGAUGAUGAUGUACCGGCACUCAAAUCAAACCCGCUAAGUAGAUCGAAUAUUUCAAACGAUCCAGAAAUAAACGAAAAAAUCGAUCUAUUUGUACCAACGAACGCGUCACUUUCUGUCGAAGACGAAAGAACAACUCGACAUGCUCUCAUAACGUUAAAUAUUAUUUCAAUUGUUGUCAGUACUGUCUGUGGCAUAAUUACGUUUUUCUUAGCUGUCGAGGAACGAUCUGUCUCGGCACUUGGCUUUGCUGUGGACACAAUUCUUGAUGUCCUUGCAUUUCUAACUAUCAUAUGGCGUUUUACAAGUUCUCACGAUCAAGUGAAGAAAGAAAUCUACGUCUUAAGAAUUCUCGCUGUUCUAUUUUUUGCAUCGGGUUUCGGUGUCUUUAUCGAUUCAGCCAUAGAUAUUCGUCAUAAAAUACAUCCAAUACCAAAUCAUUACCUCGUUGUUGCUGUCGCCAUUCAAACAAUUGUCUUCUUCUGUUUAGCUUUUGGCAAAUAUACGGUAGCAAAAAAAUUAAAUGUUAUUUCUGCAUAUUCUGACGCAUUCAACACAUUUAUUUCUGCAUCAAUGGCAUUGUCUGUUGCUUUUAGUAUUACGAUCUAUAAUUCAAAUCCCAGUGUUUGGUAUUUUGAUCCCAUGGUAGGCAUGGUUAUAUCUGUCACAAUUAUGGUCUAUGGCGUCUGGAUGAUGUUUAAGUCAUUUCGAGAGAUCUAA